AUGGUUGUCACCUGCAAAGGACCUGAUGCUGGUUACCGCUCGACAAGUGCUUGUGUACUUUCGGCUGCUCUCGCAGUUCUUCAGGACUCGCACAAUCUCCCUCAGAGCGGCGGAGUCUACACAACUGCUUCUGCUUUUGCCAAGACCAACAUCUACUCCUAUCUCGAAUCAUUUGACAUUAAGUUCCAAGUCGAGUCUCCUCAGACGCAGAUCUAA